AGAGCCAUACCGGGACCCUUCAGGUUACAUUAAAUUUCUUUUUACAGACAAGCUACGCUGAGCUGCAUUUGUCCGUGAGAAUUUAAUGGUGGAAGGUAUCGGGAAGGAGCCGUCCUUUAUCUGUUGGUCAUGGAUUUCUUGAAGGGCAUCGGCGGUUUCGCAGGCCGUCACACGCUGCUGUAAGGAGCCAAGACGCGCGUUUUCGGGACACCUGAAUUAUCUCCAAGAGGCACCGUCGGUCCUAUUUUAGACGAGGCUCUUUCAGUAUGCUCUUAGCACAACUGGAAGGAAAAAAGCUCCAUAUCACCCUCCAUUGAACUGGGUUGAUGUUCCAUCUGCAAGGUGUAUUAACCUGACUGGAAAGCCAAAUGGAGUCUCUCCUGGUUUAUCUGAUAGUCCUCGGCAUGGCUGUGAAGGCCCACAAAGUUCAGAUCUGCCCCAAACGCUGUGUCUGCCAGGUGCUUAACCCCAACCUGGCAACGCUAUGUGACAAAAAGGGGCUGCUCUUUGUGCCGCCGAACAUUGACAGGCACACAGUGGAGAUGCGUCUGGGUGAUAACUUUGUAACCAGCAUAAAACGUAAAGACUUUGCUAAUAUGACCAAGCUGGUGGACCUGACCCUUUCUCGCAACACUAUCGGCUCCAUCGCGCCCCAUGCCUUCAAAGACCUGGAGAACCUACGUGCCCUUCACCUUGAUAGCAACCGGCUUACACGCAUUACCAAUGACACAUUCAGCGGCAUGUCCAAGCUGCACCACCUCAUCCUCAAUAACAACCAGCUGACCCAUAUCCACAUCGGAGCCUUCAAUGACCUCACAGCCCUGGAAGAGCUGGACUUGUCCUACAACAACUUGGAAAGUGCUCCAUGGGUGGCCAUUCAGAGGAUGUCCAAUCUCCACACCCUCAACUUGGACCACAACAUGCUCAGCUACAUUCCAGAGGGAACUUUCUCCGGCCUGCAGAAGCUCAAGAGGCUGGACGUGACCUCCAACAAGCUCCAGAAGCUUCCUCCUGACCCAGUUUUCCAACGGGCCGGGGUCCUGGCCACGUCAGGGAUAAUGGGCCCUACAUCGUUUGCAUUGAGCUUUGGGGGGAAUCCACUGAGGUGCAACUGUGAGCUGCUAUGGCUGAGGAGGCUGCGGAGGGAGGAUGAUCUGGAGACCUGUGCCUCCCCACAACACCUAGCUGGACGCUACUUCUGGACUGUUUCAGAGGAAGAGUUCCUGUGUGAGCCUCCUCUCAUCACCAGGCACUCCCAGGAGCUGCGAGCAUUGGAGGGUCAGAGUGUGACUCUGCGCUGUAAGGCCCGGGGCGACCCAGACCCUAUUAUCCACUGGAUUGCCCCUGACGGACGCCUUAUGUCCAACUCCUCCAGGGCUGUGGUCCACAGCGAUGGCACACUGGACAUCCUCAUCAGCACUGUCAAGGACUCUGGUUCCUUCACCUGUGUAGCCUCCAACCCGGCUGGAGAGGCCCAGCAGACGAUGGAGCUGGUCAUUGCUAAACUCCCCCAUAUCACCAACAACACGAUUAUAGACCAGGAGCCCGACCCCGGAUCAUCAGAUAUCGCCACGGUGACCAAGACAGGGACGGGAGCAGAGGCGGCAGGCGUGCCUCUGGGGAACGCAAAGACCAGUCAAGAGAAGAAAGUCGUAAUUGCUGAGGCUACCUCCACCUCGGCCCUGGUCAGGUUUAACUUCCAGAGGAGUAUUCCUGGAAUCCGCAUGUUCCAAAUCCAAUACAACGGCACCUACGAUGAUUCACUCGUCUACAGGAUGAUUCCCCCGACCAGUAAGAACAUCCUGAUAAACAACCUGGCGGCUGGCACACAGUAUGACCUGUGUGUGCUGGCCAUCUAUGAUGACCAGGUGACUUCACUGACUGCCACCAGGGUGGUCGGUUGUGUGCACUUCACCACAGAGCCGCAAUACCUGAGGUGCCACUUCAUGCAGUCCCAAUUUCUCGGCGGCACCAUUGUGGUUAUCAUUGGAGGGAUUAUUGUGGCCUCAGUGCUCGCCUUUAUCAUCUUCCUCAUUGUGCGCUACCGGGUCUGUAACCAAGGAGACGUUGAUAAGGCACUAGAGAUGGGGGAUAUCCGGUCACUGAGCAGUGAUGGGCAGCUACAAGGCUGUGGGAUCCCCAAAUCCCUGUCGAAGCAGGUCCUCCGACCGGAGAAGAAUGACAAAGACUGUCUGAGAGUUGCCCUGCCGCCCCCGGAGUCAGCCAAGCAGCGACUGCCAGUCAUGGUAACCGCCACCAAACCCUCCAUCCCUGACUGCACUGUCUCUACCUCUGCUGCCAGCCACAGCUGGCACCCGGCCUCCCCAGGCACCCUGAGGCCCAAACGUUCCAUCGCUCCCUCAAAACCCUCUGAGACCCGCCGAGCUGAAGCUCAGGCAGAUGUUGAGCUAGAUAACAUGAACCGGAAUAACUCCUCAGAGGUUAAAAUGGCCACCACUGUCACAGUGGCUGUACCUGGCCAACCCACCAAAUGGACUGCUGUUCCCAGGGGUCCACGGCCCCAACAGGCCCCCCGCCAUUACAUGACUGUGCCUGCAGGGGGUGUGAGGGUGAACCGCAGGCACUCCCUGAAUGUGGACACGUAUAAAGAGCGCUACUAUGUAGCGUACCCCAAAGCUGGGGGCAGUUUGCGCUCCAAAAGGAGCCUGUCAAUGAGUGGAGAACUGCCGCAGCUCGAGAGCACAACAAACAUUCGCCAGGCCAGGGACAAGCUCUCCAGGUCUGAGUGGCUUCUAGAGAGCACUUUAUGA